UAUGCUACACGAGUGCAAAUAUUUAACACGACAGUACCUGUGAUGAAUUUCUUUUGACAAAAAAGUCAACACUCAAGCCAAAUUAACUAAUUUAUUGUUUUUGUUUUAAACAACCCACCAUGACUGUAGAUGUGGUUUCGUCCUCUGGGAGCAUGAUAGUUGUCUCCAAUCGGUUACCGUUUGUGUUGCAGAGGACAAAGGAUGGAAAUUUGAUAAGAAAAUCAAGCUAAAAAAAACAGGCUUUAAUUUUUAGUGCCGGCGGUCUGGUGACCGCAGUCGCACCUGUUGUCGUCAAUGGUGGCGGUCUAUGGGUGGGAUGGCCCGGAAUUCAUCUGGAAGAUCCGAAGGAACCGAUACCGGAGUCGGAUCCUUCCGAUAUUACUCCUACUGCUGGAUUAAAAUCAGACAAGGUGGUUGCAGUUCGUAUAGAUCCUGUAAUGUUCGACUCAUAUUACAACGGCUGUUGCAACGCUACAUUUUGGCCACUAUUUCAUUCAAUGCCGGAUCGAGCAACAUUUAUCAAUGAGCAUUGGCAAAAUUAUGUGAAAGCAAAUCAAGAGUUUGCCCAAUGUACAAUGACAGCUUUAAGAUCUUUGCCAAAAAAUCCAAGUGCACCACCUCUUAUAUGGAUCCAUGAUUAUCAUCUUAUGUUGGCAGCUAAUUGGAUCAGACAGACGGCUGAAGACGAAAACAUUCCUUGCAAACUAGGUUUCUUCCUGCAUAUUCCUUUCCCACCAUGGGACAUAUGCCGUCUGUUUCCCUGGUCCGAUGAAAUCCUUCAAGGCAUGCUUGCUUGUGAUAUGGUCGGUUUUCACAUAACGGAUUACUGUUUAAACUUUGUGGACUGUUGCCAGAGGAAUUUAGGUUGCCGUGUUGACCGGAAGAACCUUUUGGUCGAACACGGUGGCAGAGCAGUAAGAGUUAGACCUCUACCAAUCGGUAUUCCAUACGAUAGAUUUGUAGAAUUGGCGGAAAAGGCACCUAACGUACUAGGACCCAGCAACCAGAAAAUUAUAUUGGGAGUAGAUCGGCUUGAUUACACGAAAGGUUUAGUCAACAGACUUAGAGCAUUCGAGAAGUUAUUUGAGAAACAUCCAGAACAUAUAGGAAAAGUAUCGUUGUUGCAAAUUGCAGUGCCAUCCAGAACCGAUGUAAAGGAAUAUCAAGAUUUGAAAGAAGAAAUGGACCAAUUGGUUGGCCGCAUUAAUGGGAGAUUUACUACUCCUAGUUGGUCACCAAUAAGGUAUAUAUACGGUUGCGUGGGCCAGAACGAAUUAGCGGCAUUUUACAGAGACUCGGCUGUUGGUCUAGUAACACCGCUGAGAGACGGAAUGAAUCUUGUAGCAAAAGAAUUUGUUGCUUGUCAAAUCAAUGUCCCACCAGGUGUUCUAAUAGUUUCACCAUUUGCUGGAGCUGGUGAAACUAUGCACGAAGCGCUAAUUUGCAAUCCAUAUGAACUUGAUGGGGUAGCUGAAAUUAUACACAGAGCCUUGACAAUGCCAGAAGACGAACGCAUUCUCCGUAUGAAUUAUUUGAGGCGUAGGGAGAAAAUAUACGACGUGAAUUAUUGGACAAAGUCGUUCUUGCAAGCCAUGGGAUCUCUGAAGGCUGAGGAAGAAGGUACUGAGGAAACUGUAAACAUGCCUGCUGUUACAUUGGAUGACUUUGAUGAAUAUCUUGCAAAUUAUAUUGGUAAUACCCACAAAUUGGCUUUAUUAUUGGAUUACGAUGGAACUUUAGCACCAAUAGCACCUCAUCCAGAUUUGGCUACUAUUCCCGUGGAGACAAAGAAUGUUUUACAGCGGCUUUCCAACGUUUCCGAUGUAUACAUUUCUGUCGUUUCAGGAAGAAAUGUUGACAAUGUGAAGCAAAUGGUUGGUAUCGAAGGUAUUACAUAUGCGGGUAGUCACGGUUUGGAAAUUCUACAUCCUGAUGGAACCAAAUUUGUCCAUCCAAUGCCAAUAGAGUUCCAGGACAAAGCUGCAGAAUUAAUGAAGAACUUACAAGAAAAAGUAUGCAAGGAAGGUGCUUGGGUGGAAAAUAAAGGCGCCCUUCUAACUUUCCAUUUCCGAGAGACUCCUAUUCAUUUGAGAAAGGAACUUGAGGAAGUAGCAAAACAACUUAUAGAAGAUGUAGGUUUUCACGCAGUGCCUGCUUUGUACGCUUUGGAAGCCAAACCUCCGGUAGAAUGGAACAAGGGUAGAGCUUCCAUUUACAUUCUGAGAACAGCGUUCGGAGUGGACUGGAGCGAAAGAAUUCGAAUUAUCUACGCGGGAGAUGACGAGUCUGACGAGGAUGCCAUGCAGGCUCUAAAAGGUAUGGCCGCAACAUUCCGCGUAACAUCAUCGGAAAUCACAAGGACAUCGGCUGAACGCCGUUUGCCCUCAACCGAUUCUGUGUUGACCCUACUUAAAUGGGUAGAGCGACAUUUAAGUCGCAGGAAACCCAGUCUGGAUCCAAAUAGUUACAGACGUAACUCUUUGGCCAAACAGACUGCCGUACAAAUGGAGAUGUAUACAGUGCAAAAGUCAACAAAAUCCAAUUCAAUAAAGUCUAAACUCAUAAACAGUACGCAACAUUUGUAAUUUUAAUUUACAUAUUUGUGCUAAUUUUGUAAAUACAGGGUUUAGCUAAAACUAAAGACUUGAAAUAAUAUUGAUAGAAUUUUUAAAUUGUUUAUAAUAUUUAUUUUUUGAAUUCCUGAUAUUUUUGAGAAACUGCUGAAUAGAUUUCAGUAUUGUCGUUAAAUAAAUAAUGUAUAUGUAG